UGGCAAUCGCUCGGCCGCACCGCUGAUUUAGUCGAGUCGCAAACAGUUCCGUGAGCGGUUACGGUUACUUACGAAAAAUGCUGGAGGGUGGCACUAUCAACAUGUUGGACCUGUCCGGGGAGCAGGUGAGCGAGUGGCUACGCAGCUUUGACACGGUUCUCAGCGACGGCGACGGCACCAUAUGGCAGGAUGAUACGGCUAUCGAGGGUGCUGCAGCCGUAUUGAAUGCCCUGCAAAAUCAGUUCGGAAAACGUGUCUAUCUCAUUACCAACAAUGGCCUGAAAACACGAAGAGAACUGUUCGAACGGGCACAGCGCCUGGGCUUCCAAGUGCCAAAUGACCAGCAUAUCAUAUCGCCCACGGCCACCAUUGUGGACCAUCUGAAACAGCUUCCAGACUUCGACAGCACCAAGCACAAGGUCUUUGUGGUGGGCAAUGCAGCCAUUGGCAGGGAACUACAGGCAAACGGCAUCGACAGCUACGGGGCCGGGGAAGAGGAGCCGUUGCCCAUGGGCGAAAAAUGGCAGGACUUCGCAUUGCGAGAGUUUACCAAGCCUGAGGCGGCCGACAAUGUGGGUGCCGUUGUGGUGGGCUGGGAUGAACACUUCAGUUACUGCAAAAUGGCCAGGGCCUCUCACAUCCUCUGCCGCAACGGGAGCUCUGCCUUCCUGGUUACCAACAGAGAUGCCGUGCACAAGUAUCCCGCCUUAUGCAUUCCCGGCACUGCUGCCUUUGUGGCUGGCAUCGAGGCGUGUGCGGGCCGUGAGGCCUUGGAAAUGGGAAAGCCAAGUCCCGUGGUCCUUGAACCCUUGAUUCAGUCCGGCGCCCUUCGGCCGGAACGCACUCUGAUGAUAGGCGACUGCCCGAAAAUUGAUAUCGCCUUUGCCAGAAACUGUGGCAUGCAAUCACUGCUGGUCGGGACUGGCAGCUAUCAACUGGAUAUCCUGCAGCAGAACGGCAGUCUGCCUCAGCCAGAUUUGUAUCUACCAAGACUGGGUGACCUGCUGCAAUUUCUAUAGGCAAAAUGUAUCGCAUUAGUAUGUAGAUUGGGACGAGGCCAUACAAUAUACAUAUGUUAUCAGACUAUCAA